ACAAACAAAUUCGUCCGGGACUAUUGGCGGUGCUGCAUAUGAUGUAUCCCAGGCACCCGGCCAUCCGUCCGGAUCAUGCCUCAAUAAUGUGAUCAAGGGCGAUCCGGUUUCAGAACAUCCCUACUCGAGCAGGAGUAGUAGCAGCAGCAGUAGCAGCAUCCAAGACAGAGAGAGGGACGCCGAGGCCCAAAGGGACAAACGGUGGAGCAGGCAGGAUGGGACAUGGGCAUGGGUGUCCCGUGUGGCGGAGUCGACAGCCUCGUAUCCUCGCGUGGUUAAAUUAGACGAAUGAACAUGGGGCUGGAGAAGGCAUCCUGGCGGCCUUCUCUGAGGUUCAGUGUUGCGUCUCCCGCCGUUCCACGACUCUUCCAGGUGUAUUCUUUCGACCCAUGCGGUUCCACGUGGAUACACGUGGAGAAGAGCUGCUGGCGGCUGGGCGGCUGGUUUGGGUUGGGUUGCGCGGGCGGCUUGGCUGUGUCGGCCGUUUGGCCUCGCCCGUCGGUGUGUCUCGCACCCUCUCUCCGUCGCAAGUUCACAAUAUCGUCAUUAGUCCGCUAUCAUCACUUUCGGGGUCCAAGCCCAAGCGUUCCCCCCCAUGAUUGGACCGUCGCUUUCACCGGGCGCAGCGGAUUCGUCCUGGCUUUCACCCCCACGAUCCAUCUACGACUAAGUACUAUCCCUACGAAGGAAGAUGGACGAUCCUCUAGCUCCCCAGCUAGGCGAUGUCAUUCCAGUCCGUGUGUUACUCGGGACUCCGUACAACGAUGGGCUAACGGAAUCGAUAGGUGCCUACGGACUGGUCAUACCGCUAUGACAUACAUGCCGGAUCGGCUGGGGGUGGGCAGGCUUAAGGAUCAUCCAUCUUUCUCCAGUCUCCAGGCCCGUACCUCAUUGUUGGGACGACGACAACAAGGUUCGCAAGGGUGGCCCAAUUCCUGAAUCUUGCUAGAAGGCCGCUAGGGGUUUUAGACCCGUACCAGC